AUAUUCUUUUCAGAUUGAACUAAAGUGUUAUAAAUUGAUUUCUUGAAAAACAUUAUGGCGAUGAAGUCUGCUUCGUUAUCAUGUCUGAAAUACUUGAUGUUUUUCUUCAACUUGCUAUUUUUUAUAUGCGGAGCAGGAAUUCUUGGAGUAGGAGUAUGGGCUUUGAUACACGAAGGUUCCUUUGAGCCAAUACUUGGACGAAUCACUAUUUACGAGUUUUACGUUAUCAUCGGCGUUGGAGCAGCCUUGUUUUUCCUUGGAUUUCUGGGAUGUUGCGGAGCUAUUAAGAAAAAUCGAUGCUUGCUGGGAACAUUUUUUGUUCUUGUCUUGAUCAUCCUGAUUGUAGAAGUUGCUGGAGCUAUUCUGGUUUAUGUUGAGAGAGAUAAUAUUGAACGAUAUGCUCUGAAAUCCAUGAAGGAGUACGAUACGGGUGGUGAAACGGAUAGAGUGAGAUCAGUCACAAGAUCAUGGGAUAUGCUCCAGGAGACGAUGGAAUGUUGUGGUUACAACAGCUAUAAAGAUUGGGGAAGACAUGGUACUUUCACUGGAAAUGUAACAAUUCCGGUUCCAGACUCAUGCUGUAAAUCCAAUCCUUCGUACAGUAACUCAGCUUGUGAAGGUGAUGAUCUACACGAACAAGGAUGCGCUGGAACAUUACUGCAGGGAAAGAUGAUUGUUGGUGCUGUUGCUCUUGGUGUCAUUCUAGUGGAGAUCCUUGCGAUGGUGUUUGCGUGCUGUUUGUACAGAUUCUUGGCAAAUUACAAGUCGGUGCCUUGAACAAGAAGAAGCAUCUACUUACUCAUCACAAUAUUUAUCAACAAGUCUUGUCCUCGUUUUAUUUAUAUCAAUGUAAAUAUGAUAAAGCAUGAAAAUUUCUUUUGCUUUGGAACGGAUCAAAAUUUGUGCAAUUUUUGUAUCAACUAUUUUCUGAAUAGGAAAAAGAUAUUAGAAUACGAACAUGCAUGAUAGCA